GCUGGUUGGGUGAAUGUGCCGGGCGGGCUUCGGGGCAGCCUGGGCCUGAGAGCGGCGGACGGAGGGCGCCAGAUCGGAGCCGAGGCGGGCGCAGUGCGGCGGGUGGGCGGCCGGCCAGGGACUAGAGGCGCGCUUGGGGCCGAGGGCGGAAGGUAGCCGCUGCCUCCCUUCAGGGCCUUGCUCGGGACCGGCGCUUUCGCCGAGGGCCUCCCCGGAGUCGCGUGGAGGGGCGGCGGGGCUGAGCCGGGAGGAGCCGAAGGGCUGCGAAGGCCGGGAGGGGCGUCAGCGAGGGAGGCGAAGGCUCGAACUGGGGCUUCUGGAAGGCCCUUAGAGGAUCUCGGCUGGGGGGCGCCAGGAAGGGCCCCGGGCGGCAUUCGGGUUCGGCUGGAGGGGAGGAGGUCCCUCUGGGCGUGGGCGGAGGCAUUUCGGAUUGGAUCGGUGGAAGCUGUGCUGAGGGGAGGGGGUGCGUGGAGGGAAGGCAGGCGCCGGAAGGCAGGCUAGAGGAGCAGCUAUUAAUUUGAUUUUUGCUCGCUUCAUAUAAUAGGCACAUCUGUUGGGGGUUACUUUAGGUCACCGAAGCUUAAGAACCGGCGAGGGAGAAGGAGUCUCCAAACCGGCACUAGGCAUUUCGCUUCCUUCCUGCAAGGUGUGGGGGCAAGGCUUCUUGAGGCAGGCCUGAGACAAAUCUCUGGAGCGGAGCUGCCUUUUUUUUUGUGGCUGGGUGUGUGUUUAGAUCUGGUAUUGCCACUUCUAGGAACGAGCCACUAGUUUUUAGGGAGAUAGAGUAACGGCCGUCUCUAAACAGAGAGAGGUUUGGGGCAGCGCUGUAUAGUCGGGCCUUGGGUUGUUAAGGAACAUCGCUCACAUCCUUGAGGCUGCUGUGUUGUUGGCUGCCUGCAUCCAAGACUAGCCGUAGACCAUGCAGAAAGAGGAGUUGGGCAUGGAUGAGAACCGCAACCCUGAGGAAGAGCUGCGACUUCUGGGGGGGAAGAAGGAGAAAUGCCACAACCUCAGCAGCCGCAUCCGGACAGGGACUGGAGCAGAGCUGGGCUACAGGCCAAGCCAGGGCUCCAGAGAAGGUUCCUGGGAGUCCAAUGGCUAUACUGCAUCCUCAGAGAUUGCUGAUGAGCCCAGUGUUCCCUUGAGCCCUUCUAACAGCCUUAACAUCCGUAACCUUCAGUUGUCUGAGCGGGAUCCUCCAACCACCCACCACGUCCACCGUUAUCCCCAUCGCUUCUACCACGGGCGGCCCUUCCAUACUUCUGCCUACCGCAAAACAUACCGAGGCAGCCCCUCUGAGCGCAAGGAAUGGGGGCCCAGCACCAAUGGCCACCACUGUGCUCCUGAAGGCAUUUCUAAUGGGCGAUGGCAACACCGGCGCCGUGGCUAUUCUGACCCACCCUCUCCAUCAUCCUCUCCGGAAUCAGAACGAGAUAGCACCGUCAAAGUUGGUGAGAAGCCAGCCGUUACAUCAAAUGCCACCAAUGCAGCCGUUGAGGAUUCCGGGAAGGAAACAUGGUCCCUUUUCCGGCCCCUUCCUGCUUUCCCAGUCGAUAGCAGCAGCGCCCGGAUCAUUCCUAAGAUCUCUUAUGCUAGCAAGCUGAAAGAGAACUUGGAUCAACCUGGGAAAGCCUGCCAUGUUCCCGCCUCAGCUGUCCGCACCACCAAUAGCCUCCCCAACUGUGUCCUGGCGCCUCCCCCAAGCAGCCCCCCACCAUCCGACAGUAGUCGGCAACAGCACCUGGGAGCUAUUUUUCAGAAUGAGUGGGGCUUAUCCUUUAUCAAUGAGCCAGGAGCUGGCCAUGGAGGGGGUGGUGGGACAGCACCAGAAAAAGAUGUGGAAGAUGCAGAUACUGGAGCAUGCUGGGAGAAAAUGGAAGCAAAUGACUGGCAGGCUGCAAGAAAUUAUCACCUGGAAGAAUGGACUCAUAUAUGGGAGCUACACAGUCAAGCUCCUAGCAAAGUGACGGUCUAUACGGACACCUUGGAUGGGAAGGGUUAACACCAAGGAUUCCUUGGGGAAACACCGCUAAAAUCUAGGGGGGCACAUGGGGAGAGGCAAGGCACCCACCCCCCACCCCACCCCAUGAAGACUGGAGAAGCUCAAACAUCUUGCAAGGGGAAGCUGUGCCACCUGCCUCCCUUCCUCCCUCCCUCGUUCUAAUGCUGUAAUAGCCCAAAUUGUCCUGGAUGGGGCUGAUGUCUCACCCUCCUUACCCCCUCUGAUUUAAUGCUCUGGUUUUUAAUUUCUUCACAUGGUUUUUAAUUUCUCUGGAUUCCCCUGAAAAUAAAGG